AUGGCGGGGCCGCUACUCCUCUCCUGGGCCAGCUGCCUCCUGGUGGCGAACCAGGCCUUCAUCAUCCACCGCUGUGACCUGGCCAAGGUGCUGCACGAGCAGGAGCUGGAGGGCUUUGAGGGCUACUCCCUGAGCGACUGGCUGUGCCUGGCUUUUGUGGAAAGCAAGUUCAACACUUCAAAGGUGAACGAAAACGCAGAUGGCAGCUCUGACUACGGCAUCUUCCAGAUCAACAGCCACUUCUGGUGCAACGAUUAUCACAGCCACACGGAAAACUUUUGCCACGAGGACUGCCAAGACAUGCUGAGCCCCAACCUGCUCUCCUCCAUCAGCUGCGCAAAGAAGAUUGUGUCCGGGUCAAGGGGCAUGAAGAACUGGGUAGAAUGGAGGCUGCACUGUGCAGGCCGGCCACUCUCCUACUGGAUGACAGGAUGCCACCUGGGAUGA